AUGGAAGAAUCAACUUCACUAGUUUGUAAUCUUGGGAUUUUGGAGAAGCUCAAUGACAAUUCAAUUCAAGAAAUUAUCAAAAGCUACGGCGGUUUCUGUACCACCACAGAAUCUCUCCUCAACGGCGCCGGUGAUCUCUCCGUAGGACCGGAGUUCGUGUUGCACGUACACUCUCUCUGCAAGCACGGCCUCCAAUCUCUUGUUUGUGACCACUUUCUUCUCUCUUUAGAGCAAGCUUUUGAGAAAAUUGGCGUGACAAAUUUUUGGCGGCAUUUUGAUUCAUACAGCAAAGUUGGAGUGCUACAGAAGAAUAAUUCCUCUAUUUAUGAUGACGAGGUUCAGCUGGUGUUAUGUAAAGCUUUAGAAGAAAUGGCUUUGGAGAAACAGUAUCAGGAAAAGUGUUUGUUUAUGCUUGUUCAUGCUUUACAGUUACACAAGGAAAGUAUGUUUGAGGGAAAACAAAAUGCAGAUUCAGAAAGAGCACAUCUUUUCGCUAAAUAUCAGUUAAUGGUAUCUUCGGUUCUUAUGGCUAGUCUUCCUCUACAUUUUCCAGACAUACUCCAUAGGUAUUUUAAGGGAAAGCUGGAGGAGUUAAGUAGAAUCAUGGAUGGUGACUUAGAGGGCAAAAAUGAAUUUCAAGGUAAAGACAACAUGGAUUUAGAUGAAAAAGGUAAACACAGGACAGGUGAAAUGGAUAUUGAUGAAAGCUAUAACCAUGGGAAAUUUUCAGAGAAGAACAAAUUGGUGAAGCAUAUUGGGAAGGUUGUUCGUGAUCUUAGAAGUCUUGGAUUUACAUCUAUGACUGAAAAUGCCUAUGCGUCUGCCAUCUUUUCUCUUUUGAAGGCUAAAGUUCAUAAUCUGGCUGGCGAAGAUUACAGGAAUUCUGUUUUGGAGUCCAUUAAAGGGUGGAUAAAGGUUGUACCUCUUCAAUUCUUGAAUGCACUUCUUGCUUAUCUUGGUGACUCAAUUGGUUAUGAUACUCCUUCAUCUGGUCUGAAAUCACCUUUAGCUUCACACCUGUCUACUUGCUCUUCUGAAAUUGACACUCCUUCAGAAGGGCUCAUCAGAUGGCAAUUGCGGCUAGAGUAUUUUGCUUAUGAAACAUUGCAAGAUUUAAGGAUAGCCAAGCUAUUUGAGAUUAUUGUGGAUUACCCUGAGAGUUCUCCUGCCAUUGAAGACUUAAAGCAGUGUCUUGAAUAUACUGGACAACAUUCUAAACUCGUUGAGUCUUUUAUUUCUGCACUCAAGUAUCGCUUGCUCACUGCGGGUGCCUCAACCAAUGAUAUAUUGCAUCAGUAUGUUUCAACUAUUAAAGCUCUUCGAACUAUCGACCCAACUGGUGUUUUUCUUGAAGCAGUUGGUGAACCAAUAAGGGACUACUUGCGGGGAAGGAAAGAUACCAUAAAAUGUAUUGUAACCAUGCUUACUGAUGGGACUGGUGGGAAUCCAAAUGGAUCUGCAAAUACUGGGGAUAGCCUUCUUGAAGAAUUAAAUAGAGAUGAAGAAAAUCAAGAGAUUGCUGGCAUUGAUGAUGAUUUCAACUCUGAUGACAAGCAAGCAUGGAUCAAUGCUGCAUGCUGGGAGCCUGACCCUGUAGAAGCUGACCCCUUGAAGGGUAGUCGGAAUCGAAGGAAAGUGGACAUACUUGGCAUGAUUGUCAGUAUAAUUGGUUCAAAGGAUCAACUUGUCAAUGAAUAUCGUGUUAUGCUGGCAGAAAAACUUCUGAACAAAUCUGAUUAUGACAUUGACUCGGAGAUACGCACUUUAGAACUCCUCAAGAUACAUUUUGGAGAGAGCAGCAUGCAGAAGUGUGAAAUUAUGUUGAAUGAUUUGAUUGAUUCAAAGAGGACAAAUACAAAUAUUAAAUUAACCGCUGCCAAGCAAUCUCAAACAGGUGCUGAGCUGGGGGAGGAUGCAGUAUCUCUGGAUAUUCUUGAUGCGACAAUCAUAUCAUCAAAUUUCUGGCCUCCAAUGCAGGAUGAAGCCCUUAUUGUACCUGAGCCUGUUGACAAGCUUUUUUCAGAUUAUGCAAAAAGGUUUAACGAAAUCAAGACCCCUCGUAAGCUACUCUGGAAGAAAAAUCUUGGUACAGUAAAGUUGGAGUUGCAAUUUGAAGAUAGAACAACGCUGUUCACGGUGGCUCCCUUACAUGCUGCCAUUAUUAUGCAAUUUCAGGAACAAAAAAGUUGGACUUCUAAGAAUCUUGCUGCUGCUGUUGGGUUACCAGAGGAUGUACUGAAUAGAAGGAUAAACUUUUGGAUAAGCAAGGGAAUCCUUUCAGAAUCAGUGGGUACAGACUCUAAUGAUCACAUAUAUACGCUAGUGGAAGGCAUGGUUGACAGUAGUAAGAAUGGUGGCAAUAGUGGGAGUUGCGAAGAGCUCCUAGUGGGUGAUGAUGAGGGAGAAAGCACUGUUGCCUCAGUUGAGGAUCAAAUACGUAAUGAAAUGACUGUAUACGAGAAAUUCAUCUUGGGAAUGCUCACAAAUUUUGGUAGCAUGGCAUUAGAUCGAAUUCACAAUACUCUCAAGAUGUUUUGUGUAGCUGAUCCUCCUUAUGAUAAGUCACUCCAACAACUGCAAAGCUUUUUAUCUGGACUUGCGUCUGAAGAGAAGUUGGAACUUAGAGAUGGAAUGUACUUUCUGAAGAAGUAAUUAAGUAAAGAAUUUUAUUACAUCCAAGUCCUGUUGCACAGACUCUUAUGGUAGAGGUAGCUUUCUGAGGGCAGGGCAGCUUCAUGGCAAGCUUGUGUUCCCAGUAUUUAGUUGGGAUGGCCUUUUUCAUCAGUAAUGACUUACGCGAGUUUGGAGCAUUUUGGUGGCUUUCCAUAUUUAGUUGGAAGUAUUCUCGGAAAUACCCUAGAUUGAAGAAGAUUUCUUCGUCGUUUUUCUAACCGAAGACAAUACUCGGAGGCACACAUACUCAAGGAUCCAGUGAUUGACUGUAAAAGAAGCUUUCCGUGUUUUAAGAUGCUGUAAAUUGCUGUUUAUGAUGUUUCCCUCUUUAGUAUUCAAUUAGUUCAACUUU